ACUAAUUAUUGGUUUACUUUGGUACAACUAAACAGUAGGUACUCUUAACUUAUACCUGCACCAUGUCACAAGGGGAGACUGCACCUAAGUCUCCAUCAGAGAAUCUAAAGCUAAAUGUACCUCAGACUAGUUACUAUAACAGUCUGAAGGAUCUCAAUACUAAGCGUAGUUCUGUAAAGGGCAGAAUUACAAAAUACAAAAAUCUUUUAAAGAAAAUAACCGAAUCACAUGAUGUUUCGCCAACUGAUUUGUGCAUGCUAACCCAAAGGUUUGAUAAGUUUCAUGAGUUAUAUUCAACUUUUGAUGAAUUACAGUCUCAGAUAGAAUUAUUAAAUUCCUCUAAUUUAGAGAGUGAACUCGACACUCGUGAAGAGUUAGAGGCUGAGUUUUCAUUGCUUAUUGCACAAACUCGAGUAUAUUUAGAUAAGAACAAGUCUCAUAAAAAUGACUUUGAAUCUGCAUCUGAAAAUGGGUCUCACAAGUCUAGUUGCAGCCACUCAUGUGACAAUGGUGUUGGUGCAAGCUUCAAACUGCCUAUAAUAAAAAUAUCGAACUUUGAUGGUUCAUAUUUUAAGUGGUUGGAAUUUAGAGAUACUUUCACUUCUCUCAUCCACAACAACAACCAAAUUAAACCAAUACACAAGUUCCAUUACUUGAAUUCUUACCUGGAAGGGGAGGCUGCUCGUGUCUUAACCAAUCUAGAAGUAACGACUGAUAAUUACAAGGAAGCCUGGCGUCUCCUCUGUGAGAGAUACAACAACGAAAAACAAUUGAUAAAAAAUCACUUGAAUUCUUUAUGCAACAUUCAACCUGUCGCCCGAGACUCCGCAAAGGGUUUGAGGUUCAUAGUUGACCAUGUUUCCAAGAACCUACGGGCAUUGAGCUCUCUUGGUGAACCAACAACCUCCUGGGACACCCUCAUCAUUCAUUUGGUCUCGGCAAAGCUCGACAACAAUUCUACUUUUAAGUGGGAAGAAUAUAAAAAUAAUUUUGAAAAAUCACCAUCAUUAAAUGAUUUUUUCACAUUUCUAAAGGGUCGUGCAGACAUUCUCGAGUCAGUUAACUAUAAUAAAACUGUCAACAAUCACCCCAGACCCGACUCACACUCAACUUAUAACAAACCUGAUAAGUCACAUACAAAAUCUUUCGCAAUUUCAGCCACUGAUGCCCCUCCAGCUCCUGUGUGUGUGCUGUGCAAUGGGAGUCAUCGCAUUUACGACUGCGCGUCGUUCCUGGCCAUGUCCGUGGAGGACAGAUGCUCGGAAGCAGCUCGUCUUCGCCUGUGUGCCAACUGCUUGCGUAAAGGCCAUUCUUCUCGCCAGUGCAGACUUCGUUCAUGCUCCAUUUGCAAAUUGCGACACAACACUCUCCUCCAUAGGAGUACCAACCGUGACCCUCCCCAGGCUCAAAAUACCUCAAACGUAAAUACAUCCACCAUGGAAUCUGAGGUAGGUCAGGAAGAAAAUAGCAACAUAAUUAGCAUGUCUAUUAACUCAAGUACAAACGAAAGUAUUUUACUUUCAACUGCUCUAGUUGAUAUUUACAAUCCGAGUACUAAAAGUCACCUAACCAUUCGUGCUCUUUUAGACAGCGGGAGCCAAUCGUCUUUAAUAAGUAGCGAUCUAAAAACUAAGCUAGAUUUGACUCCUCAGCCAACUCGAGUAAACAUUGUAGGUGUAGGUAACAUUAUCACAUCUAACUCAUUGCAACGCUGCCUUGUACAAAUUAAAUCGAAGCACAGCAACUACUCAGCUGAUCUGUCAUGUCUUGUACUGCCCAAUUUAACUGGGAACUUGCCUAACAAGUCGUUUGAUUUGUCUCAAAUUAAUUUACCAACCAACAUAAAACUGGCUGACCCUACUUUCAAUGUAUCGGCACCUAUAGAUAUGAUAAUUGGUGCUGACAUCUUUUGGUCAUUGAUAGAAUCAGAUCAAUUGUAUUUAGGCUCAAAACAACCGGUCAUGCGCAAGACCAAAUUAGGUUGGGUAUUGGCAGGCGCAUUGUUUACACAAGAUUAUAUUGAUUCAACAAUAAAUUGCAAUCAUGUUUCAACCGUUGAUUAUCAUUCAAGUGAUUACAUUUCUAAUGAAACAUUAGAUAAAACUAUAACAAAAUUUUGGGAAUCGGAUCAAAUUCCUGAAUCAUCAAAUAAAGUUGUUUACACAGAUUUAGAAAAGGAAUGUGAGCAACAUUUCAUCGAUAACACAACUCGCAACGCAGAAGGCAGGUUUUGUGUCAAACUACCCCUUCUUUCAGAACCAGACUGUCUAGGUGAUUCAUUUAGAUUAGCUAGGAGACAAUUUUUUGCGUUAGAAAGGAGAUUUAAAAACAAUUUAGAACUGAAACUUUUAUAUUCUAAAUUCAUUGAAGAAUACCACAAGCUAGGGCACCUAUCUAAGUCAGAUAGUUUGAUUCCCAAUCAAUCCUACUUCAUUCCACAUCACGCUGUGUUGCGGCCAGCUAGUGAAUCAACGGCAUUACGUGUAGUGUUCAAUGGAAGUGCUAGGACUACCUCAGGUUAUUCUAUCAAUGAUUUACAAAUGACAGGACCCCACAUUCAAGAUUCUCUGUUCAAUAUAAUACUGAGAUUUCGCCAGUACGCUUACGUUUUGUCUGGAGACAUCGAAAAGAUGUACAGACAAGUGGAGGUCCAUAAAAGUAAUCGUAAUUUGCAAAUGAUUUUGUGGCGUAAUAACGAAACUGAACCGUUACAGUCAUUCAAUUUAAACACGGUUACCUACGGGUAUACCAGUUCAAGUUAUUUAAGCACUCGCUGCUUAUGGCAGCUAGGUGAAGAGUGCCAUGAUUCUAGGAUAAAGGAAAUCAUACAAAACGAUUUUCUGGUUGAUGAUUUAUUAACUGGUAGCAAUAAUCAGGACGAUUUAUUACACAUCAAAAGAACAAUAGAGCGUUGUUUAUCAAAGGGUUGCUUUAAUUUACGCAAGUAUCGUUCUAAUGCUCCAUCAGUUCUCGCUGAUUCACAAAACACAGAAGGUAAUCUAGUGAUUAGUUCAUCUUCCCAUACAUUAGGAGUUGGCUGGGAUCCAAAAAAAGAUCAUAUUCAAUUUCCUAGCAGUUACAAAAUUAAAAAGGAUUCCCCAACAAAACGAUCAAUUUUGUCAGAUUCAUGUAAAAUUUUUGACCCGUUGGGCUUAUUAAGUUCAAUUACUAUUAAGCCAAAACUAUUAAUCCAGAAGCUAUGGAUUGAAAAGGCGGAUUGGGAUACGCCUGUUAGUCAGGAAGUCAUACAAUCAUGGCAAUCGUUUGUCAACAGCAUAGAAAGCAUACAAGAUAUAAACAUUCCCAGACAUGCAUUUAGUAUCAAUGAUAGUAGUGUAGAAUUACACUGUUUUUGCGACGCGUCUAAGUUUGCAUUUGGUACAUGCAUUUAUGUAAGGUGCAUAGAUACAGAUGGUGCAGUUACAGUGCGCCUAUUAUGUGCCAAGGCCAGGGUAGCAUCAGUGAAGCCCACGACUAUCCCCCGCCUUGAGCUGAGCGCAUGCCUGCUCGGGGCGCAACUCGCAGCCGCCGUGUGUCGCGCUCUGCGAUGUGUCAUUACUCGCAAGUUCUUUUGGACGGACUCUUCUAUCGCGUUGGCUUGGUUAGGUAUGCGAUACGACAGAUUAAAAACGUUUGUCGCUAAUCGGGUAGGUACUAUCCUAGAGUUAACUGACGACUCUCAAUGGCGUCAUGUACCUACAGACCAGAAUCCCGCAGACCUUGCUUCACGCGGCAUAUCCCCAUCGGAUAUUAAAAAUUUAGAUUUUUGGUUCAACGGCCCCUCAUUUCUUUCACAACCAGAACACUCAUGGCCUACACUGAACACUAAACCUAAUGAUUUAAAUGAAAUACCUGAAAUAAAAACAGUAAAAAUUAAUACAUGCACAGAAAAUACAAACAAUAAACUCAUAAAUUUUGAAGAUCAUUCUAACCUAAACCGUUUACAACGAUCAUUUUCAUAUGUACUACGUUUCAUUCAUAAUUGUAGAAACAAACAAAAAAAGACUGGUAUUUUGCAGCCUGAGGAGCUCACUGCUUCUCUUGAAUUGUUGGUAAAGCUAGCCCAAGAGGAAACUCUCUCGAAGGAGCUCAGUAUCCUGAAGAAUAAUAAACCACUCAAUCCGAAGAACCCAUUGUUGUCUUUAAAUCCAUUUCUGGACUCUAAUAACAUUUUGAGAGUGGGAGGACGUCUAGAUUCUUCUUGCUACUCAUUUGAAAAGCGUCAUCCCAUGCUUCUUCACUCAAAGCAUACGCUUACAAAGUUACUGUUUCGUCGUGAACACAUACGUCUUCUUCAUGCUGGUCCACAGCUAUUACUUUCUUCCAUAAGGGAAUACAUUUGGCCAAUUGCUGGCAGAGAUCUAGCUCGUACUACAGCAAGACAGUGUGUAGUCUGUCGCAAAGUAAGCGGUAAAACUACAACUCCUAUCAUGGGAUCGUUACCUAAACAACGUGUUGACCCAGGAUUUCCCUUCUUGAGUACUGGUGUUGACUUUGCCGGACCAUUUUUAAUUACAGACAGAAAAGGAAGAGGUUGUAAGAUAACUAAAUGUUACUUAUGUCUAUUUGUUUGCUUCCGGUAUAAAUGCUUGCAUCUAGAAGCUGUAAGUGAGCUUUCUAAAGAUUCUUUCAUAUUGUCAUUGCGUCGUUUUAUCUCUCGACGCGGGAAACCAAGGGAAUUCUUUUGCGAUAAUGGCCGGAAUUUCGUUGGUGCAGCCAGGGAAAUCGGCGAAUUCCUUACGUCUAACUCUGGUGACAUAUCAGCCUUUUCUUCAGAGUUAGGAAUCAAAUUUAAUUUUCAACCUGCAUAUGCUCCUCACUUCGGUGGGUUAUGGGAGGCUGGCGUUAAGUCGGCAAAGUAUUAUUUAAAGCGUAUUUUAGGCAACUGUCAUUUAACAUUCGAAGAAUUGGCAACUUUGUUUACUCAAAUUGAGGCUAUCCUCAACAGUAGACCUUUAUGUCCAUUAUCCUCAUCCCCUAAUGAUUACCAACCUUUAACCCCAGGGCAUUUCCUAAUUGGUCGUCCAUUGCUGUCAUUUCCAUCACCAAAUUUAGAAGAUGCCAAGAUGAGCAGACUAGACCGUUACCAGCGAUUAGAGUAUAUGCGUCAACACUUUUGGAAUCGUUGGCAACGAGAAUAUGUCACGGAGAUGCAACAGAGGCAAAAAUGGCGCAUUCCUACUAGACAACUGCAAAUAGGCGACCUGGUACUUCUGAAAGAAGAGAAUCUCCCCCCAAUGUCUUGGAGGCUAGGGCGUAUAACAUCUCUGUUCCCAGGAAAGGACAACGUAGCUCGGGUGGCUGAAGUCAAAACUACCCAUGGUACAUUCAGAAGAGGAGUGAAGUACCUCUGUCCUCUGCUGGAGCCUGCAGACACCUCUUUGGAACCUGAGGAUUCCAAGGCCCCGGAGUAUGUUCAGUCCCAUCACUAGUGGCUGUACCCCAUCACUAUCACUUGUCAAACCGAAUCGGCAACGUCACUUCUUAUAAUUAAAUUCUAACCAUCAACAUUGUAAAUUGUAAAAGCAAGAAUAUACGCUGUAUUUAAACUUAUUUGGAGUCAGAUUAUUCAUCCUCACCAUCCUACAAGCAUCUACG